GCAUAUUCCGGGGUUACAGUUUUGUUCAAUGGCUUUCAGCACCCCCACUAUAAAAACGGCUUCUAGUUAGAUACCCUGUUGUUUUUGCGCUGCGGUUACUUGCGUUUAAUCCUCAAAGGCAUGUGUAAAGUAUUAUAGAUGGUGAUUAAUUGCUUGGCUCAUUUGAUCCCGAUGUGUCGAUAUGCUGGAGAACAUGCAUGCAUUUAAAUGGCACAUUUGCAGCUAUUACUAAAGGUGUUUGUAAUUAUUUUUGAGAGACAGCAACUUUUACUCCCAUCUUCAAAAAAAAAUGGAAAUGAGAAAUCUUAUCGUCGUGCUAACAGUCCUCCUCAGCUCAGAAUAUUGUGGCGCUAUACACUGGCUCGGUCUUACAGUAAACGGUAGCUCCGUGGGUUGGAACCAGACCCAUCACUGUAAGCUGUUGGACGGGCUUGUCCCGGACCAGUUGCAGCUCUGCAGGAGGAACCUGGAGCUGAUGCAGAGCAUUGUCCACGCCGCCAAACAGACCAAACUGGCAUGCCAGAAAACCUUCUCCGAUAUGAGGUGGAACUGCUCUUCCAUCGUGCACGCGCCCCACUUCACCCCCGACCUGGAGAAAGGUACUAGAGAAUCUGCGGUGGUCUUCGCUCUCGCCUCCGCCGCAGUGAGCCACUCCAUCUCCAGAGCCUGCGCGUCGGGAGAGCUGCCGAGCUGCUCCUGCGGGCCCGCUCCUGCGGAACAGGCCGGGCCCGACUUCAGAUGGGGCGGCUGCGGGGACAACCUCCGCUACGGUCUGCAGAUGGGGUCGGCUUUCUCUGAUGCGCCCAUGAAAAAGAGCCGAUCAGGCUCGCAGGCUACAAAACUGAUGCACCUGCACAACAACGCUGUUGGUAGACAGGUUCUGAUUGAUUCUAUGGAAACCAAAUGCAAAUGCCACGGCGUGUCCGGCUCCUGCUCGGUGAAAACCUGCUGGAAGGGCCUGCAGGAUCUAAAUGAUGUCGCCGCAGACCUCAAGUCCAAAUACCUGGCAGCCACCAAAGUGAUCCACCGCCACGUCGGGACCAGGAAGCAGCUGGUCCCUCGCGAGCUGGACAUCAGGCCCGUGAGAGAGAGCGAGCUUGUGUACCUGGUCAGCUCCCCGGAUUACUGCAACGAGAACGACAAGCAAGGCUCAUACGGGACACAGGACAGGCAGUGCAACAAGACCUCCAAUGGCAGUGACAGCUGUAAUCUCAUGUGCUGUGGCCGAGGCUACAACGCUUACACAGAGAAGAUUGUGGAGCGCUGCCAGUGCAAGUACCACUGGUGCUGCUACGUCACCUGCAAGAAGUGCGAGAGGACCGUGGAGAGAUACGUGUGCAAGUAACAGGGACGAUCUCACGAGAUCGUAAAGGAGAAGCACUAUACACAGAUGUACUAAAGACUUGUUUGUAAAGACGGUUGUGUCGGCGUUAUGGCUUCUGAAGCUUUUAAUGAACGCUAAUAGACAACACUGGUGCUGCAGCGUCCACACAUCCAGGAAGGCUGGUGAAAGAGGACUGGCAAAGUGGAGCCCCAGGGGAGCAGCUUUAUUACACCCUGUGCUGGGCUCAAUAACCAUCUCCUGUGGCUGAUCAAUGUUUCACGGCCGCUCUGCCUGGACAGAUCCGUGUAUCGGUUCAGCCGAGACAAGCCAGCGCUUUGUCUUGAACGAGAAGACUGAUAUGGGUCAAAGGCUGGACGUGAUUGAUUGGGAGCAAUAGAAGGGCUGGCUCUUGCUACAGGAGUAAGAAAGCCCCUCUUGAAAUGGGGAAGGGGGCUGAAUGGAAACAAUGACCUGAAUUACAAAAAGCCCCCCCCCCUGAUGCUAAUAACUUUGCAAGCUUUGGGGGAUUUUUAUUUACUUUUUUAGCACCAUUACGCCACUUGUGCAAUUGUUUCUCUAACUAAACAUUUAAGAGAAACUAGCCCUAAUGGAGAACCAUGUCGCUGUUUACUGGGCAAUGCAUCCAUCUUAAAGAUGACCAUAAAUAAGUGAAAUAAAUGUGCUGUUGUAAAAUCCAAAGAAUGUUGAACAGUUACCAAGUUUAAAUUAUUUGUGUAACUUUAGUGCUCAGUACUUGUACUGUUAACUGUAUAUUGUUUUAUAAAUCAGAUCCUAUAGUAAAAAAAAAACUGAAGUGUGAAAAACAAGAGUUGUUAUUUUCUAAUAAAUAUUUGUUUUAUAUAAUCUUGUCGAGUUACAGGGGGGGGGGAAUGCUAAAAUUACUUAAUAUACAUUUCAGUGAUUUUACCAGAAAGACCAGCCUUGGACACAAGUCAAAUCAAAUUUCCCCUGUGCUACACUACUGUAAAAUAAUGUGCCUGCUCAAAACUCUCCUGGUCACUUGUUAAACUGGCGUUCACCUCUAUAAAUCCAGGUUUUAUUGCUUCAUGCCCCCCCCCCUGGAUCGUAUUACCAGAUCGGUAUGUGAGAUAUGAAAUCUAAUACUGAAGGCUUCAUCAGUU